GAGUCGGCCAGUUUAUGAAAGUACCCGCAAAAGAGCGCGCAGUUGCAUUUCGAGCCUCGAGACAGAACGCACAGCUGCUCAAACGUCGUUUCUUUUAGGGGCUUUGUACAUCCAUACAUCGUUCUUCUGAACUUUAUUACUGCGUCUCUGCAGGCGAUUUAAAGCUUGAAACUAGGCCGCGUUUGUGUCGUAACAAGAAUUAGCAAGGUUACUUUUUGUCCCUAUUAGAAACAAAAUGUUUGAGGCACGUCUCGUUCAAGGAUCAAUCCUUAAGAAGGUUCUGGAGGCCCUGAAAGACCUCAUCACCGAGGCCUGUUGGGAUGUCAGCUCAUCGGGUAUCUCUCUGCAGAGUAUGGACUCAUCUCAUGUGUCUCUGGUGCAGCUCACGCUCCGGAGCGAUGGGUUCGACUCUUACCGCUGCGACAGAAACCUCGCCAUGGGUGUCAACUUAAGCAGCAUGUCAAAGAUUCUGAAGUGUGCUGGAAAUGAAGAUAUCAUCACACUUCGGGCAGAAGACAAUGCUGACUCUUUGGCCCUGGUCUUUGAAACUCUCAACCAAGAGAAGGUGUCCGAUUAUGAGAUGAAGUUGAUGGACUUGGAUGUGGAGCAGCUUGGGAUCCCUGAGCAGGAAUACAGCUGUGUGGUGAAGAUGCCUUCUGGCGAGUUUGCCAGAAUCUGCAGGGAUCUGUCGCAGAUCGGCGACGCUGUUAUGAUCUCAUGUGCCAAGGAUGGAGUGAAGUUCUCUGCCAGCGGUGAGCUGGGCACGGGCAACAUUAAGCUCUCACAGACCAGCAACGUCGACAAGGAGGACGAAGCGGUGACGAUUGAGAUGAAUGAGCCAGUGCAGCUAAUUUUUGCCUUGAACUACCUGAACUUCUUCACCAAAGCCACUCCGCUGUCCAAGACGGUCACGCUGAGCAUGUCCGCAGACAUCCCACUUGUGGUUGAGUACAAAAUUGCAGACAUGGGACACGUCAAAUACUACCUGGCCCCCAAGAUCGACGAAGAGUCGUCAUAAGUCCAAACAGACACCAUCAGGGUUCUUUCUCGCGUACCAGAAAUGUUUUGGAUAGAUCUUUUGGAAAAAAAUGUAUUGUACUCCUCAGUGUCUGCUGUGGUUUCCACUUCAAUGGAUUCGUGUGACCAUCUGUGUGGCCGUUUCACAUGAAUGGCAGAUAUCACGGGUGCACUUACAGUACUUUGGUCCUCAACUUUACCAGGCACUGUGGGGUGAAUCUGGAGUGCUCAUAGGAGCAUGUACAGACUUGACUUCAGUUUGGUUUUGUUUUUCUGUGUAUUUCCCUCUCCCUCCAUUUAACGGCUCAUUUCAGUCUGUAGAUAAUUGUCUGUAAAUAUCUUAAAUUGGACUUUGUUCAUUCUCGCCCAUGAAUAAAUCUUUUUGUAAUGAUG